AUUUCUAACCAAUUUGGAAUGUAUCCUACCCCAGAGAAUGCGUCUGAAACAUGUACAAACCAUUGUAGCACCCCAAAAUACAGAAGCCAGAAUUAACUGCCUUACUUGGUCCCCGGACAACAAAAAGUUGGCCGUAUGCACGAAUGAUAAAAUUAUUUGCAUUUUCGAUGAACUGGGUGAGCGGCGUGAUCGAUUUUCGGCCAAAUCAGUUGAUUCGAAAAGCGACGGCGGCAAGAAAGAUUUUGUUGUCAAGUGUAUGGUAUUCUCACCUGACUCUGUGAAAUUGGCCAUCGCACAGUCGGACAACGUUGUUUUCGUCUACAAAUUUGGUGAGGACUGGGACGACAAAAAGGUGAUUUGCAACAAGUUCCUCCAACAAAGUCCCGCAACCGUCGUUCUCUGGCCGCCUGCACAGCCUAUUAUUUGUGGGUUGGCCAACGGUAAAGUCAGAGCAGCUAAUCCCAAGACGAACAAAUCCUCAACUAUAUACAAUGCAGACUCUUAUGUUGUCUCAUUGGCGUACAAUAGCUCUGGGAAAGGUUUCAUAUCUGGUCACGCAGAUGGUAAAAUAAUCCGCUACUUUUUCGACGGUGACGGUUCCGGGGGCACGCAGGGUAAAGUAGCUGUUCAUCCGACCGCACCGUAUGCUCUUGUAUGGACUUCUGAGACCAUUCUGGCUGGAGGGUGCGACAGACGCAUCUACGUGUACAAUAGGGAGGGUCGGGUGCUGCAGCAGUUUGAUUACAGCAAAGAUGACAGCGAAAAAGAAUUCACUGUGGCUACGGAAAAUCCGGCAGGACAGGUGGUGGCGUUUGGCAGUUUCGACCGCAUUCGUAUAUUUUGCUGGAGUCCCCGUAAAUCCAUAUGGGAGGAGAGUAAAGCGAAGGAAAUUCUCCACCUUUAUACAAUUACGGCAAUGGCUUGGAAGCGAGAUGGUUCCAAACUCACAGUGGGCACCGUGUGCGGUGCGGUUGAGCAGUUCGACUGCUGCGUCAAGCGACGAAUACACAAAAAUAUUUUUGAGCUGAAUUACGUGAGUCCAAGUCAAGUGAUCGUGAAAAAUAUGCAAUCUGGUGAACGUGUGAUGUUGCAGUCGUAUUUUGGUUACGAGAUCGACGAUGUGCGCGUGAUGGGCAGUGAUCGUUACUUGGUAGCGCACACCACCGAGACAUUAAUGCUGGGAGACUUGAAGGAGAAUCGACUGAGCGAAGUGCAUUGGACAAGUAGGGGAAGUAAGGUUACGUUUUACUUUGGCUAUCGAAAUUUGUGCGUGAUCUUCGGGCCGGGCGAGGUAGUUGUGAUCGAAUACGGUGUGAAUGAGGUGGUGGGGUCUGUGCGAACCGUGUUCACUACUCCAUACCUGAUCAGUAUUCGUAUCAAUGAGCGCCAGUCCGGUGCGGAGGAGGUGAACAAGAAAAUUGCAUACAUGUUGGACUCCAAGACUAUUGCUAUCAACGACCUUUGCACGGGAGUGACACUGUGCCAAUUACAACACGAUACCAAAGUGGAUUGGAUAGAGUUGAACGAGACCGGACGGAAAUUGUUGUUCCGAGACAAAAAGAUGCAGCUGCUACUUUAUGACUCGGAGACGGGGGUGAAGACCACUUUGUUGCAAGUUUGUUCCUAUGUGCAAUGGGUCCCACAAAGCGAUGUGGUGGUGGCUCAAUCUCGAGAAACACUGUGUAUAUGGUACAAUAUUGAAGCCCCCGAUCGAAUGACCUCCAUCCCACUCAAAGGUGGUGAUAUCCUCGACAUUGUGCGUCAGAACGGCAAAACAGAAGUGGUUGUCAGCGAAGGCCUUGCAUCGGUUUCGUAUGCCCUGGAUGACGGACUGAUUGAAUUCAGUACAGCGAUGGAUGACGGGAAUUUCUACCGAGCAAUCGCCUUUUUGGACAGUUUGGAUGUGACCCCAGAGACAAGGACAAUGUGGUCAAAGUUAGCUGACGCUUCACUCAAAGCAGGUGAACUUCUAAUUGCUGAGCGAUGUUACGCUGCUCUUGGAUGCAUCAGUAAGGUCCGGUAUUUGCGUCAAACUAGAGAAAUGGCUUCCACGACGAAUGAUACAGUGGCAUACCAAGUUGAAGCCCGGCUUGCUUUGUUGGGAAAAGAUUUCAAGUCUGCGGAGCAUAUCCUGCUGGCACACAAUGCUGUUGGAGAGGCGGUUGCCAUGUACAGAAGUGUGAACAAAUGGGAAAGCGCAUUAGAGAUCGCGGAAGCUAAGUCUUGGACCGGACUGGAUAAGCUGAGGAAAGAGUACCAAACUUGGCUCAGUGAGACCGGUCAGGAUGAGAAGGCUGCAGAGUUGCGGCAGCGAGAAGGCGACCUGGUCGGCGCAAUCACACUGUUCCUCAGAGCUCGACUUCCAGGCAGAGCAGCUCGUCUGGCUCUCAAUGAACCGCAGUUGGUCUCCGACAGAACUCUGAUGGAGCGAAUCGUCCAGGCUCUUGUACAAUGCGAACUGUUGGAGAAAGCCGGCGAACUGUAUCAGCACAUGGGCCAGUUGGAAAGUGCUAUGCGAUGUUACCGUCAAGGUCACGCGUUUCAACCUGCAGUCGAGUUGGCGCGCACAUCAUUCCCCAGUGAGGUGGUGAAGUUGGAAGAGUGUUGGGGUGACUACCUGGUGACGCAGCAACAGAUGGACAGCGCCAUACACCACUUUAUCGAGGCAGGAGCUUAUCUGAAGGCUGUUGAUGCUGCUCUCAACUCUCGUCAGUGGACCAAAGCAGAGCACAUACUGGCUUCGAUCGAGGACAGCAAAUCACCCCAGGUGCUGGCACCGUACUUCCUCAAACUGGGACAACACUACGCGGCAUGUCAACAGUUCAAAGCCGCCGAGGUCGCUUUCGUCAAGGCAAAUAGUGUCAGUUUGGCCAUUGAGAUGUAUAACGCUGCCGGAAUGUGGGAAGAUGCCCAUCGGAUCGCAUCCGAUUCCAUGGAUCCCGGAGAAUUGUCGGACAUUUACCUUACACAAGGGGGAGAGCUGGAGGCGGCAGGCAACCUGAAAGAAGCCGAGCGGCUUUAUAUGACCGUUAAAGAGUCCGAUCGUGCAAUUGCAAUGUACAAGCGCCAUCGUCAAUAUCGCGAUAUGCUGCGUCUUGUGCGAGCGCACAAACCAGAGUUUUUGAACCAAACUCUGUUACACCUUGCACAAGAUUUGGAGAAGGAAGGGAAUUUGAAGCAGGCUGAGCAGUAUUACGUUGAGGCCAAAGAUUGGAAAUCCACCGUCAAUAUGUACCGGACACGUGAUCAAUGGGAGGAGGCGUAUCGAGUAGCAUCCAGUUGCUCGAGCCAGCCUGAGUUACGCAAACAGGUGGCAUACCUUUGGGCCAGGCACUUGGGAGGUGAAUCCGCCGCUCGACUUCUCACUCGCUUGGGCCUGUUGGACAGCGCAGUGGAAUACGCCACGGAGCAUUGCGCAUUUGAGUUCGCCUUCAAUCUGACUCGCUUGGCGUGCCCCGAGAAGAUCAAGGAAGUGCACAACAAAUUCGCUAUGUUUCUCGAAGACGAAGGCAAGUUCGCAGACGCUGAGGUUGAGUUUGUCAAGGCCGGCAAACCACGCGAAGCAGUGCUAAUGUAUGUGCACAAUCAAGACUGGGAUUCCGCGGCCCGCGUCGCUGCUGAACACGAUCCGGAGAGCGUGAAUGACGUUCUUCUCGGCCAAGCACGGUUGGCUUUCGGAGACAAGGAGUUUGCACGGGCCGAAGCUCUCCUGCUACGUGCCCAACGUCCUGAUAUGGCAGUUCGAGCGUACCGCGAAUGCGGUAUGUGGGAGGAGGCGCUUCGGGUGGCCGAAACGUAUUUGCCGAGUAGAGUGCAAGAACUCAAGGAUGAGCUCAGAGAAGAAAGAAUGCGAGCGGUGACCGCUGGCGAUGACGAAUCUGGCCGUAGCCAUUUGGGGACCAGCAAAUCGGUUAGUUCAGUUGGAUCAAAGAGUCGAGAAGCAGCGCACCUAGCCAAUACCAACUUCCUACAAGCCCGAGAACUGGAGGCACGUGGGGAGUAUUUGCGAGCCGUGGAAUUCUACCUGAAAUUACAACCUGAAUCCGGUACAGCGGAGGACGAAGACACUCAGAUCCCCAGUGAAAUAUGUCAACACGCAUGGCUACAUGCUGCGAAUUUGGCAGUGAAGUUCCUUCCAUCAGAGAGUGCGGCCAAAGUGGCUGAACUCGUGGCUUCACGGCUUGCAAGUAUCAAGUCUUAUUCGCUGGCAGGUGAGCUGUUGCUAAGUGUGGACAAAGUGCAGAAAGCGGUUGACGCAUUCAUUGCAGGCGAAGAAUGGAGCAAAGCCAGGCGGGUGGCGCGCGAACUGGAGCCUCGUUUGGAAUCGUAUGUGGAAGCCAAAUACAAGGAAGCGUUGAAGUCCACGGGCCAAGCAGAGAUGUUGGUCGGAAUAGAUAUGCUCUCAGCACUGGACGUCUAUGCAGAGCAAGGUCGUUGGGAAAAGUGUCUGGCCGCAGCGGAACGAAUGCUCCAAAAUGCCACCACCAGCACCGGUUCGGGGACAAGAGGGACACGCGAGCACCAGUUGUUGCACAAAUACGUGGCGGCAUACGCUGCCAGUCUGAUAAAGGAGUCACGAGUGCACGAUGCCAUGCUCCUGUACAAAAAGUACGGCGCACCUGCAUACACGCAAAACUUUAACAUUUACAAGCGGAUAUUUCAGGAUACUACCAGCCAACGGAAUCUCAGUGGUCCCGAGGGCCAUCCAACGUGGGCUGCGCUGCGUGACAUGUUGUUUGAUCUGUGCCAGAAUUUGAAGCAAACUCCAGAAGUGACAAAAGAGAUUGCGAACAUUUUUGAACGAACGCUCUUGGUCUCUCACUACUACGCCACACGAUGUGCCCUGUUGUGCAGUCGUCAGGAUGUGGGUGAAAUGGUCGCAAAGUUGAGUAUUUCCCUUCUGCGUCAUUCGGAUAUCUUGCCGGCAGAUAAGGUGUUUUAUGAAGCUGGAAUGCAGUGUCGUGAGAUGGGUUGGAACAAUAUGGCAUUUGUCUUCCUAAACCGCUAUCUGGACCUUGUCGAAGCGAUAGAAGAUCCUGAUGGAACCGCUGACGCAUUGGAUACAUCAGAUUUUCAGGGUACUGAUAUCCCAAUGGAGGUUCCUCUUCCGGCGGAACCGUACACAACACAAGAGGAACAUGAGGCAGUUCGCGAAUGGAUUCUCAUGAUGUCAAUGGAUCAGAAACUAGAACAGUCACUUCCGAAGGAUGAAAGAGGUGUGUAUGAAGGAGCCCUAGAGGCUUCGGGGACUGGCCUUUCCGCACUGCCUUGCAUCAUCACCGGCUACCCAGUGCUUCGUAACGGUGUGGAAUUCGACAAUCCCGGACGGGUUGCUAUUCGGGAUCACUGGAGCAGGUUGCAACACGCGGCCAAAGUCGCAAGGACUACAGAGUGCGUAGAUGUGAAAGAAUUCAUCCAGCGUUGGUGCGGUAAUCCGAAAGGAAGUGCAUUAUGACCUACCGGUUAAGUGCCAGAUGCUUCCACGUCAUUUCACCGCAUAACCUCAGUGAGGGAGUAGAUAGCGCAGAAUCCCCAUGGUUGAUAUUUUCAUACAUCUUCCAGAGUUCCAUGGUUGUGGUUUCAUCAGAAAAAGCCUGUUCUCUUUCACUCCCGUUCCGCCCUUCGUAUCAUCCGAAGUGCAUGAGCACAUUCCGUGAAAUAUCCACGAGAUGAUGAGAAGUUGCGCGUUACAAAUACUUGAAUUUGUUUUCUGACACUACGCAGCGCG